AUGUUUGAUGCAGAAGGGACAACAAGCUCUUUCACCGAACAAGAUAACGAGUUUGAAUCUGUUCUCAGUGGGCAAAUUGCGUCUUUCGACAAUCUAUUUGAUGGUAAAACUGAGCAUGCAGAUAAUGCUGUUGAUUUCAGUGACGAGGAAGAGUUGGCCGACGAGGAGGAGCCCACUAAAGGAGUGAGCAGCGACAAUGAGGAUCUUUUUGGCGAGAAGGACGAGGAGGCUGGAUUAGAGGAGGAGGAUGAUUUUAUGAAAGAAUUAGAACAGGAAGCGUUGGAAGGUGUUGAAGGGAACGGGGACCCUGAGACAAUUUCUGAAGCUUUGUUUGGACAGAGUAUUCCUGGCCACGUGGGGUUACAGGACCUUGAUUUUGCGUCGAACUCCGUAAUAGAUUCCGCCAAGCAAAUAGGAGAUUCGGAUAUUGAGCUAUCCGAUGAAGACGAACAGAAUGGCGAGGAAUAUGGGCAUGAUAACACCAACAACAAAGCGAUAGAUGGGGAGGGACACUUGAUCUCCGAAGCUGAAAAGAAACAGAAGGAACUAGAAAAACAAAGGAAAGAGCAGGCAAUAAAGGAAGUACAGCUGAAAAUCUUUUUCCCCACUUUUGAGAAGGGUAGACACAUGAAACUACAAACCUUGUUCCCCAUAGUUCCGUUGGACUUUAGUUACCAACAACCUCCACCGGUGGAAAAGCCUCUUUUGCCAACAUGUAACAAAUUUGAUGUUAGUGUUGAUCAGAGCAUGGAGUUCAAAAUGCCUGUCAAAAAGUAUAGAGAGUAUCAGAAGCGCCUCAGAAAAGCACAUACCAAACCGGAUGUUACUAUAGUUCAAAUAAACCCAGAGGAGCAAUUGGAGCAGUCGAGCAUUGGAGAAGAAGCUGUGACACAUAAAGAGAUAAUACCUAUAAAGUAUGAUCCAGAUAUGAUUAUAUCAACAGCAGAUUGGAAUGAUGACAAUAUCUUUGAUGCUUCUGAAGAUCUGGAAAUAUUACCCCCACCGAAGCGGUUGAAGAUGGAUAUCAAUGAUUUGGACGUCUGGGAUGACGAUGAUGAAAAUAUGAUAUUUGAGGGGAACCUUAAUCUUGACUCAAUCAAUUUGAAACUGGAUAUGAAUGAUCCACAUUUGGUGUUUAUGGAAAAAGAAAAUAAAUAUCCAAUUCCAAUACAUAUCAAAAACAGUGAUGCGACGAUUCCAUCUAAUCCUAAACUCCUUGAACUUAAGUUCAAUAUCUCUAACGAUAAGGAUUACGAACCGCUAAAGGCCAAUUACCAAACCAGAGUCAGGGCUACUAUUGGAACGUUGAGUAUAGAACAUGCGCCACCAGCGUUGAGGCUACAAUUUCCCUUUUAUAAGGUUAGUCCUACGGAGAAAGAAAACAGAUUGUAUCACAGACCAAAGUUUACAGUCAAAACUAACCAAACUAUUGUGUUUUCUAAACUCAAGACUAGAAAGAAGAAGAAAGAUAGAGGUAAAGAUGUCUCUGAGAUUUUCAGAAACUCUACAGAUUUGACGCUGGGAGAUUCAGCACCUAUUUUCUUGAGUGAGUAUAGUGAAGAGUAUCCUUUGAUGAUGAACAAGUUUGGUAUGAGCACAAAGAUAAUAAACUAUUACAGAAAAAUGAACGACGACGACAACAACAGACCAAAGUCUAUUGUUGGGGAAACACAUAUUCUGGGAGUAAACGACCGCUCUCCAUUUUGGAACUUUGGCAUGGUCGAGAGAGGCACAACUGUCCCCACAUUUUACAAUAAGAUGAGCAGAGCCCCUAUUUUCCACCAUGAACCUUAUUCUACCGAUUUUUUACUCAUCCGGUCUACAGGUGGCAAUAUAGGACAACGGUACUAUUUGCGUCCUAUAAAUUACCUACUUACGGUAGGACAAACGUUACCAGCUAUAGAAAUCCCAGGCCCGCAUUCCAGGCGGGCAACUACUCUCAUGAAAAAUAGACUCCGGAUGAUUGCAUAUCGUGCAUUAAAUGCCAAUGAAAAUACUAGAAUCACAGUCAAGGAUAUCUCUGAUCAUUUCCCCAAACAAACAGACAUGCAAAUCCGUCAAAGAUUGAAAGAAUUUAUGGAAUAUCAAAGAAGCGGACCAGACCAAGGUUUCUGGACUUUGAAAUCUAACAAUAAACCGCCAGAUUAUGAAGCAAUUCGUAGAAUGAUGACUCCUGAGGAUGUCUGUGUGCUAUCCACUAUGAUGUGGGGUCAGCAAAAGUUUGAAGAUCUUGAUCUGUUCAGAAGGGAGCGUUUAGACUCUUCAGAUGAAAAUGCAAAUAAGAAGGAUAAAGACGGAAAAGAAAAUAACACAGAAGAAUCUUUGAGUCAGCAACUGGCGCCUUGGAACACGACUAGGAAUUUCAUACAGGCGACUCAAGGAAAGGCAAUGUUGCAAAUACACGGGGAGGGCGAUCCAUCUAAGAGUGGGCGUGCAAUGUCUUUCUUGAAGAUAUCAAUGAAGGGAGGUUUCAUCAAGAAUGUUGAAGGUCGAAAUGAGUCGAAGCCAGGGACUCCUUCGGGAAAUACAUCAUCUGCGCCCCACACUUAUAACGUCGCAAUCCAGCAGAAGUUAUACGAUGAGCAAAUCAACAAAGUUUGGUACAAACAAGCAGCCAGUCUAUCCAGACAGCGUAACACAGAUAAACCGAGGGUGGCUGAGAUUAAUGAGCUAAGUGACCAAUACUAUCUCAAAAAAGCUAAUCGGGCUGUUGAUGAAGAGGUGAACGAGAAGCCAAGGUACUUACGAAUCACUAGAAUGGUAAAGAAUGCAUAUGGUAUCAAGGAAAGGAAAGUUCAGGUUAUAAAAGACCCCAAAGUUGUGGAGCUGUAUGUCAAAAAGAAACAAGAGCAGUUGGUGGAAAUGAGUGCAAAUGCUGAUAGUAAUGCGGUGCUAAUUACCAACGACGAAGAGGAGAACAUGAAGGUCAAGAAACGGUUGGAACAAGAGCUUGCUAAAUUGGAAAAACAAGCCGAAAAGAAGAAGAAGAAGCAAACAGGUAUAACAGCUGCAAACAUUGACAGUGAGGGGCGUAUAAGUGGUAAAGGUAUUGGUAAAGGUAAGUCCACAAGUAGAAGAUGUGCGACAUGCGGAUCAUUGGGACAUAUCCGUACUAAUAAAACCUGCCCCCUAUACUACACAGUUCAUAACAAAUCAAACCCUAACUAUAUUCCAGGAAGUGAACUGAUUGCCCAAAAGCAAGGAAUCAACGGCGUGGGAACCAAUGGCAGCAUUACACCACAAAUCAGUACAGUCCAAUCCCCUUCGAAUGGUCCAUCUUCAGACAACUUAGAGGGGCUGCCAUCCCAACCACCCCAUUGA